AUACUAUUAUAUAUAUGUGCGUGUAUUUUUAUACAGUGACCACCAUAUUGAGAUUCUCAUCAUCAUCAUCAGAUCAGAUCUAAUCUAAUCUAGUUGAGCGAGAAAUUCCAACACUAGGCGGCGUCUGUUAUUACUUUCUGGCAUUGGAGGAAGAAUCAAGUGUUUCGAGCUUAAUCAAUUAACGAAAAUGGCGAUGACAGGGACGAGGAAUAUGGCAGCUCCAUUGCUGUUUCUGAACUUCAUCAUGUAUUUCAUAUUGCUGGGCUUCGCUAGCUGGUGCCUCAAUAGAUUCAUCAAUGGCCAAACCGGUCAUCCCAGCAUGGGAGGGAACGGCGCGACAGGGCCGUUCCUGACGUUCGCGAUACUGGCGGCGGUGCUGGGAAUAGUGUCGAAAAUCGCCGGCGGGAAUCACAUCAGGGCGUGGCGGAACGACAGCCUCGCCGCCGCUUGCUCCUCCUCCAUAGUCGCCUGGGCCGUCACCGCCCUAGCUUUCGGGCUGGCGUGCAAGGAGAUAAACGUGGGUGGGUGGAGAGGGUGGAGGCUGAGGGUGGUGGAGGCGUUCGUGAUAAUCUUGGCCUUCACGCAGCUGAUCUACGUGCUGCUGCUGCACGCCGGGAUGUUCAGCAGCGCCUAUGGGCCGGGUUAUAGAGACACUCCGGCCGGCUACGGCCACGACCCGGCGGUGCCCAAAGGCGGCGCCACCACUGCCGGGGUCUGAAGAUCAGAUUAGAUCAUAUAUAUAUAUAUAUAUGUAUGUGUGAUUUGAGUUACAUAGACAUUCGUCAUCUAUGCGUUGCUGUGUUUCUGCUGUUGUAUUUGCUGUUCUCUAACUUUUGUUGCUUCUUGUUAGGGUUUUAAUAAUUUUGUGUUAGUGUUCCACUUUGUUGGAAACAUCAUCAA